AUGAGCAAAAUUGACGGUAGCGAGUCCUUUGAUCCAUUCCUGGGGUCAGGUGAAGUAGACAACCUCUUUGGCGAGCCUGACCCAUUUGGUCUGGACGAAAUCCCAUCCCUCCAGUCUCCGUCCAAGCUACCUGAUGUCUUCUUCAAGUUCGGAGAAAAACGAGAGCACAAGGAUGACACAAAAGCUUCGAAGUCUAGUCCUACAGAGACCACUCCUACAAAAGCUUCGAAACCUGCCGCCGCGAGUCUGACGUUUCCCACUCCCACUCCUAAGUCUACUAUCAGUUCGAACAUCCGCGAUGUUGGUUUCAAUCCCCCAACACCCGAUAUUCUUACACCAUCGCUUGAUCCAAGUUUGCUUACUCUUUUUCCCUUGCAGAGUCAAUAUUCCCGCCUUCCUUUGAAGGGACAAGUCAAUGCCACAAGGAUAAACACGGUCUCACAGUAUGGCAAUCCCACCCUCCCUGCCAGCAAGACUCAACUGUCACUUCUUGCAUAUGGACAUUCUCAACAGCAACCACAACAGACAGCAGCAGUAGGUAAGGGGCGAGGUUGUGGGAUGCCAGCUGUGAGCGUCCAGGCAAGCCCCUAUGGGAACCUCGACGUCCCCAUGUCCAUGCCUGCUCAGACAUACCCCUUAAACCCCUACGAAGCUCAACCCCAACCCCAACUACGACAGGACACUCACCCUCACGCUCUCAAACAGUUCGUGACCAUGCGCCAAGGUAAGAGACUCACCUACAACAGGAGACUCAAAGGUGAUCCGAAAAACGACCCCCGCCAGAUCUACGAACCACCCAUCGGCCUAGCCCCCUGGGGCCCGAUGGUGGGAACGAAACAAAAGCAUCACCUCUUUGAAUACUUCCGAGCCACCGCCGAGCUCAAGCCCAUGGUAGUCUGGAACAAAGCGCAGCUAAUCACCUUCCUCAGGGGACGGGGGCACCCGAACCCGACGCGCAAGCUAACCCUCUGGAUUCAGAACACCCCGGCACAAGUCAACGACCGGUACCCCUGUGGCACGAGCUCAUCCAAAUGUCGCUGGGAAGGAUGCCCGGCUAGGUCAAGGACGAUUCUGAAGGGCUUCUUCCGCGUCGCGUUCGACGAGUACUCCGAUCAGUCCGGUAUCGUGACCGACCCGAUGCAUAACGCAGGUUACAUGCAUCUGCACUGUUUCGAGACGCUCUUUGAUCUUGGCUACCUGAUUCAUCAUGGCGCUGCGCGCAACGGAUUCCAGAUCCUACCCGAUACCAGGGAGUUCAUGUUCGAGAGUCGGAACCCGGCCUCGCUGACCCGCGACCAUCCCGAGAUGCUCGACGCAUAUAACGAGUGGGUAGCCGAGCAGAAAACCAGGGCAGACAUGCUCGAGGCACAGAACCAGGGUAAUCCGGUCGGACAGAUGUACACGGGGUUCGAUCUGCCGCGGGUACCACCGCAUUCCCGGCGUCUUGGGUGCGUCUUGACCGAGAGGCAUCUCAGUCUCGAAGUCAAGGGCAGAGCCCAAACCCGGGAACAGCGCGGUGGUGUACACAUCGGUCUACACAAGGGCGACCUGGACCUGUAUAACAAACUGCGCCGGCGCAUGAUCGAGAGAAAGCGGCGGGAGCUGGAUCAGGCAUUGCCCGAGGAAGAAGAGGACCAAGAACAGGACCAAGUCCAAAGUCAAAGUCAAAGUCAAAGCCAAGGCCGGCCCGGGGGGACAAAGAGAAGGCGAGACGAGGACUCCUUCGAGUCCUUCCCUCAAAAUCCUAACCUCAAGCGGGUGAAACAAUACCGCCCCGCCGCCGCCGGUCCCUCCGCAUCCACAUCAUCUGCCUACGGCAUCCCCAAUCCCACAACACCACUUCCCACAUCCCAUCCCAACAAUCCCGCCUGGCUUUACAACCCACAGCCCGCUAUCCUUACUCCUAACCGUCCCCCACCCCUCCUCUUGCACCAGCCCCUCCAGCCCGCUCCCACAGCCCUCUCCCCCACAACUCUUAUCUCCCUACAAUCCCCCGGCCCUUUGACCCGGCAUCGCACGCGCGAGCUAGCCAAUUCCAUCACCGCCGACGUGCUGGCUACCACAACGCCCUAUCUUACACGCAAAUCGGCCCACGCCGCGCAGGCAAUGCUCCAGGACGCACAGGCCUUGCUUCCGGCACCGAUUUUGGAAGAACAAGUCUUCAGAGCGAUGCCGGAGUAUGCGGCGAUGGUGCUUCAACCUUGUUUGCAGCAGAACCAGAACCAGAACCAGAACCAGAACCAGGACCAGAACCAGAACCAGAACCAGAACCAGAACCAAGACCAGAACCAGGAUCAGGACCUGGGGCUGGGGCUGGGGUUGGGGUUGGGGUUGGGUCUGGGUUUGGGUCUGACCCUGAGCGAGGUUGGGAAUGGGAAUGGGAACGGAUUGGCUGUAUCGGCGGUUCCGAGGGUGCAACAGCAGCAGCAGCAGCAGCAGCAGCAGGGAUGA